UCUUGUCUCAUUGUUGCCAAACUAAGCAAAAGUCUCUUAAGAUGGCCGGAAAGGCUGCAACGGUUCCAUCGACGUAUUCGCCGUCUCCGAAUCAGAAAACGAGGACACCCAUCUUCAAAGAUGUCGAUUGGGUUCGUCCAGAUGGCCGAGGCUUCCAUCAGUGCAGGCCUGCAUUUUUGAAGACUGAUGCUGUACAUGCUGCUUCUGGAUCUGCUUAUGCUGAGUUCGGGAAUACCAAGGUCAUUGUCUCUGUAUUUGGUCCGAGAGAAAGUAAAAAAGCAAUGCUGUACAGCGAUGUGGGCAGGCUCAAUUGUAAUGUCAGCUAUACGACUUUUGCCAAUCCAGUUCGUGGGAAGGGAUCAGACCACAAAGAAUUUUCGUCCAUGCUUCAUAAAGCAUUGGAGGGUGCUAUAAUACUGGAAACUUUCCCAAAGACAACUGUGGAUGUUUUUGCAUUGGUGUUGGAAUCUGGUGGAAGUGAUCUUCCAGUAGUGAUAUCAUGUGCAAGUCUUGCGCUUGCAGAUGCGGGGAUUAUGAUGUAUGACCUGGUUACCUCAGUUUCUGUGUCAUGUCUUGGGAAAGAUCUUGUCAUCGAUCCCAUAUCAGAAGAAGAAAGUCUUCAAGAUGGAAGCUUAAUGAUUGCAUGUUUGCCCUCUCGUAAUGAGGUCACUCAGCUUACCCUCACAGGAGAAUGGUCAACCCCAAAGAUUCACGAGGCUGUGGAGCUCUGCCUUGAUGCUUCCUCAAAGCUUGGGGAGAUUAUGGGAUGAUGUUUAAAAG